UAUUUCCCUAUACCCCCUUCCUCUUCCCUCCCUCUCUCUCUGCUCUGGUAGGUCCACAAUGGUACAGCCAGCAUCCUGCAGCACAAUGGUUGCAAGGUGGUGAGCGGUGGGGAGAGUGAUUCAGCAUCAGCAAACCUCGGUUCCGUCCACCUCUGCCUUUAGCUUUCCUCAUCGCCUUUUUUGGGGGGGGGAUCUUUUUCCCCUUUCGCCAUCUUGAUGAACGUUUAAAUUAAGCCUUCAGCUAUGGUCACCGCAAUGUUUCCCAUCGGGAUGUUUUGAAAAGGACUGUCACCGGACUGGGAUCGUCAUCAGCUGGCACGGAAUGGUAUUUAUGAGCAGACAUUUCUUAUAUAACUGCAGCCAACCAAUCCUGGAUGUGAAGAUAGCCUUUUGUCAGGUGUGUGUUCCUUACAGGUAAAAAAGGGUUUUGGAAAACAAGUGGAUGUGUCAUAUAUUGCCAAACAUUACAACAUGAGCAAAAGCAAAGUGGACAACCAGUUCUACAGCGUGGAAGUGGGAGACUCCACCUUCACAGUUUUAAAACGUUACCAGAAUUUAAAGCCCAUUGGCUCUGGAGCUCAGGGAAUUGUCUGUGCGGGCUAUGAUGCUGUCCUGGACAGAAAUGUAGCCAUCAAGAAGCUGAGCAGACCCUUCCAGAACCAGACCCAUGCCAAGAGGGCAUACCGGGAGUUGGUGCUCAUGAAAUGUGUCAAUCACAAAAAUAUUAUCAGUUUAUUAAAUGUCUUCACACCACAGAAAUCAUUAGAGGAAUUCCAGGAUGUGUACCUAGUGAUGGAACUGAUGGAUGCCAACUUGUGCCAGGUGAUUCAGAUGGAGCUUGACCACGAGAGAAUGUCCUACCUGCUCUACCAGAUGCUGUGUGGUAUCAAACAUCUGCACUCAGCUGGCAUUAUUCACAGGGACCUCAAACCAAGCAAUAUAGUGGUGAAGUCAGACUGCACCCUGAAGAUCCUGGACUUUGGUCUGGCCAGGACUGCAGGCACCAGCUUCAUGAUGACCCCUUAUGUGGUGACUAGAUACUACAGAGCCCCAGAGGUUAUCCUGGGCAUGGGAUACAAAGAGAAUGUGGAUAUAUGGUCGGUGGGGUGCAUAAUGGGAGAAAUGGUGCGCCACAAAAUCCUCUUCCCUGGGCGGGACUACAUCGACCAGUGGAACAAGGUGAUUGAGCAGCUGGGCACACCCUCACCAGAGUUCAUGAAGAAGCUUCAGCCCACAGUGAGGAACUAUGUCGAGAACCGGCCAAAGUAUGCAGGCCUCACCUUUCCCAAGCUCUUCCCUGACUGCCUUUUCCCUGCUGACUCUGAGCACAACAAACUCAAAGCUAGCCAGGCCAGAGACCUGCUGUCAAAGAUGCUGAUCAUCGACCCCGCUAAACGGAUAUCGGUGGACGAGGCCUUACAGCACCCCUACAUCAACGUGUGGUAUGAUCCAGCUGAGGUGGAGGCGGCCAGAGAUCUCAUCCAAAUAUCCAUGCCUCCACCUCAGAUCUAUGACAAGCAGCUGGAUGAAAGAGAACACUCCAUUGAUGAAUGGAAAGAACUAAUCUACAAAGAGGUGAUGAAUUUUGAGGAGAGAACGAAGAAUGGCGUUGUGAAGGGACAGCCUUCACCUUCAGGUGCAGCCGUGAACAGCAGCGAGAGCCUCCCUCCCUCCUCCUCCAUAAACGACAUCUCCUCCAUGUCCACCGACCAGACCCUGGCCUCAGACACUGACAGCAGCCUGGAGACCUCUGCAGGACCCCUGGGGUGUUGCAGGUGACUAGCCGCCUGCCUGCGCAACCCCAUGUUCUUCCGAAGGUGAAGAACCCAACUGAAAUGACCAACUGAAAAUACGAGAAAAAAAAAGAGUAAAGAUCAAAAUGAAUAUAUUAAGAACAAAAACAGUUAUGGAAACACAGAAUCUGAAAUGAUGAAAUCUAAAGCCUGUGCAUUGUCAUUCAAAAACAGCAGUGGUAUUUAAACUGAAGUAAAUGAGCUGAGAUAUAUGUUAAUGAUCCUCUAGUUGCUUUGCUUAUAUUACCCCACAUACUUUGUAUAUGGCAUCCAAACAAAAAUGACCAAAUGCUUAGACUUGUAUCUCCUGUAAAGUGCAUAUUGACUGGCUGCUGGUCUCCCAAUUCCUUACAAAAGCAUUUAUGCUCCAAUCAUUGUGGCGAGGUGGGCUGCCAUUUUGCUCAUCACUACUGUACAAUACAAACUUCAUUCUCCUUUUCCCCUUUCCCUAUCCAAUCCUUAUGUAAUGACAAUGCUGUAUUUUAACCUCUAGGCUUGGUCUUAGACACCCUCAUCUCUACCCAACACAAUCCCCAAUGUAAGGUUGCCUGAUUUGAGUGUUUUUAUGUGGUUAUUCUGCAGGGAAAUGUAGUCGCUCUCACUUAGAGCGGCGCUCCCUGCGCUACUUGUAAAUAAUGUAAUUCUGUACAGCUGAAGGGCACACAGAGUGGGACUGACGGCCAGUACACUGGGAGUUUUUUUCUGACUAGCGCACCUUGCCACAUCACUUUUUUCCACCUCAGUUGCCCCUGCCUAUUGCUGUAGUCCUGCAUGAUUAGAUUUAAAACAAUGCUAAUCUCACUGUAUGCUAAAAUGAGUCUGUAUAGAGACUAUUGUUUAUACACGAUGUAAACUAACUCAAAUCCAGACAUGGGGGGUCUGGUCACAGGAUAGGACGUGUGAGUGUGUGUGUGUGUGUGUGUUUGUUAACCACAGGCAAGCCGUUAAGACAUUAGUAAAUGUCAGGGCAGAGUUUGGGACUUAAAGGGUCAGUACACUCAGUAGAGUGAAUUAUUUUGAUUGUGCUCAGACUUGAUAAGAUUACCUUUAAGGAGUUUAAAAAGUCUGAUUUGUGUGUAAUGUCCCUUUUAUUUCUCCUGGCAGUGUAUGAUCGGUCCCUCCACCACCCCACAGGCUGGCCCACAGCCCUGCAUGUCAUUAUCUACCAUUAACCCCUCAUAGACACAGGAGGUUGGUCGGUUUCACUGUGGUGUUACCACAAGGACACUAUGCCUAUUUAUUUGACUGAAACAUACAAGGCUUUUAGAAAGAGAUACAAAUGAUGCAGUAGGUACUUUAAGGGUGAAGGGCAAAGAGUGUAGCAGUGUAUCAUUUUGUUCUAAAGUAAACUCAUUUAUCAUUAUUUCACUACACACUACACACUUAAUCAUUUUAACAUUUGUUAAUAAAAAAGGAAGUGGUUAGAGGUUACCCAACAGUUAUGUUGACUACAUUAUUUCUUAGCUGGAAGAUUUAUUUAUUGAUUUAUUUAUUUUGACAGAUGGAACCUGAAUAUGGCAAGUGCCUUUUUGAAAUGAAGCAUUGUAAGUGCAGAAAUUACAUUAUUUUUGGUAUUUUUUCCUCCUGCUUCUUCUUUUUCUGCCUUAAAACUUUCCAAAUCCCCAAGCCACUACAUCUGGUGGAAACAUUUAAGAAAAAAACACUGUUUGGCCAGAUGUCGGCGCUUUAACUUUGUGGUGUAAAAUCAAAUUGCUUUCCUCAGAUGCAUAUUGAUUUAAUUAAAUUUUUCAAUCAAACUGAAUCACUAGCUUGCACACAAACACUUACAUACAUUGUUUGCAUUGAUCUUUGCAAAGGCUUGGCAGCUGUAGUACACUCUUUCUCUCUCACUCUAAAUCCAUUGUUUUUAAAUUAAAGAAGAUGUACAGUAUGUUUGGCAGACUGGAAUAAGAGGAGACAAAAUCCUCACCUACAUACAAUAUUGCACCCAGAACCAGCCAUCUGAUGCCCAUCGCAUUCAAAACAUAGUAUAUUUUCACUACUCACAAGAGCAUUACAGCUACAGAAUAUGCAAUGGUUGAUUGCAAAUAAGGUGUUACUACAGCUUUCUUUUCAUGCUUUAGAUAAAAUACACUCCAACUAGAAACCAUGUAGGUGAUCUAUUAGUUGUGUAUAUGUUAUUUAUACUUAGUUAAAAAUGUGAAUGAAGACAGGAAUUCUCAUUAUCUUGGUUUCCACUGCCAUAUUUCAUGUUCUCAUGCAGGUUUGGUGGGUUUAUGGGCAAAAACCCCUUGACAAGAAAUCACAUUUACAAGCAAAGAAAACAUUUCAAAUGCGGACAUCUGUGUUUGUUUCUCGCACGUCAAAACACUAUUUACAACAAUUUCUAAGAACAUCACUGUAUUUCCUACUCAUGGAAAUUGCAUGGCUCAUAUGUCCACUGGUUUAGAGUAAAGGUUCAAUCCCAGUCAUGACAUUGUUAAAACAUCCUUGAGGAGAUGUGGUGACGGCACUGUUUGGGUAGACAUUUCACGUAUUUGUUUCUUAACAUGUCAAUCGACAUGUCAAUGUACAGUCUAACUGUAUAUCUGUGAUCUCCGGUUCAGCUCUUACAACACAGUGGUUUACUUUUUGCAUGGAGUCUACCUAAAUCACCCUGUCACUGUACAUACAAUGUCUCAGAAUACCUCCCCAAAAUUAUAUACAUAACUUUAACAAAUAGCUACAUUGUUAAUACUCUUUCUGCCUGUGGCUUGUGUACAGUGAACCGCACACAGACUUACAGUACCUUCACAGAGCUAAGAGGGUAACUGAGGGUGGAUUCUCCAGAAUAAGCUACGGCUAGCUUGGCUUUCUGUUCAGGGUCUGGCCAGGGCAAUCCUUCAAAAACAGGGUGCAACUUUGAAAUUUUUUGUGUUUUGAAAAUGUUCAGAUGAAUUUCUCACAAAGGGGUCUAGUGUUUGUGUUGACUCCUAUACCACAAAUACACAUGGUACUGUUGCAGUUAUUCUACAGGGCAUUUUAACCAUCCAAACUACAUUAUUCUUUUCCUAUCUUUACAUGUUCUGGUCACUGAGUACAAAUACUGAAACAUAUUCUGUCUUUUUUUAAUUUCUCUGAAUGUGAUCUUUUUAUAAGACAUCCCUCCAGACAAUUUUGUUGUAAUAAAAAGGUGCUUUUGGUACUGUUUAUUGCGCCUGAAGUAGAGAUGAACACAGAAACAGCUGGGUUGUCAGCACUGAAUGUAGAAAUGAAUUGUUUCACUCACAUCAUUGCUGCUCUGCUUUGUCAUCAGUGUGUGUGUGUGUGUGUGUGUGUGUGUGUGUGUGUAUGUGUGUGUGUGUGUGAUUUCAAGUUAACCAGCAUUGAACACAAACUGUCAGGUUGUAUUGGAAGAUGCGAUCUGGCAUCUGGACAGAUUAUUUUACAGUAUAUGUUUUCAGAUCUUUCUUUCAACGCAAGAUCAUGACUUUUGUGGGAUUGCUUUUAAGAAUGUUUGAUGGAGAGUCAGUACAGUCAUGUAUUUGGAAGUAGAUCAUGUGUGUAUUCAUGUUCAGUCACAUAAACCUUAGACUUAGAAAUGUGUCAACUACCAAUCCUGCUCCUAAUUUUUGUCACGAGGGAAUUAAAAUGAUCUCUCGUGGAUUCAGGAUUAGCCAAAUUCAUGUCUAUUAGCCAUUUAUUUGUAAUCUGAAGAUGGCUGACUUGUCAUUCAGCCAUAAUAUUAUUGCCAAUAUGAAAUACAUGUCACAAGUUAGAAUACAUCUUGUACUCAGCUGUGCCAACAUAAAAUCUUUGGACUCAGUACUUGUGAUCCUUUAGUUUAUUAAUUUUCACUUCUUUCUUUCAAGUCAUAUCGUAAAUAACAACAAUCCAACAAUGCAAUAAACACUUUAUUGCACUCAAACAGGGAGGCAAGCUACUGCAAGGGUCAGGUGAUGCUAAAAUGUUUAGAGUCUUAAAUGUGGACUGAAAUGUGGAACUCUACAAAUGAAACCCUGUAUAGCUCAUCUGAAUCAGGUGAUGUUGUUCUUCGAUUCUUUUAUGAUUCCUUCUCUCUUGUUUCUUUUACUCCGUGCUGUUUUAAUGAAUCAUUCUUUUGACAUAGUCAGGUUGAAAAAAAAAUUGUAUCCGUUUCACGCUGAUCUCAAAGCUUCAGGCUAUAGCGUUUCAAAUAAAGUCAAAACAAAUGCAAAAGAAAAAGAAAAAAAUUACUGAAAGCUGUUACUGUAAACACAAUAUUUUAAAGGAACUGUGUAUGUAAAAAUAGUAUAUGUAUGUGAUUGAAAAUAAACAAAACCUUUGAUCUUGGA